CAGGGCUGAGCUCUUGCUACUUAUUUAUCAAGCCAAGAACAUCUGCUGAAGGUCUGAAGACAUGAUAGUGCGGUGGAUCUUCUUCCUUUUGGUUGGUUUGAUGCUACUAAGUGGUUGUUGUGCACGAUCUCGUGGGAAGAAAUUUGUGACAGCAUUUCUGCUUAACAUCUGGGAAAGCCAACCCAAUGCUAGGUUUGAGCUGCUUAUCACUGGAUAUCGCCCUGCAACCACUGUCACAGUGAUGGCGAAAAAUCCCAGCUUUGAAAAAACCAUUUCUGUCACUGUGGGGCAGACAGUCUCCGUUGAGCUUCCAGCCACCCUUGAAAUGCUGAGAACUGACAUCUUUAACAAAACUGUGCUGGUCCAAGCUAACAAAGACAUCUCAGUAUUUGCCCGCAACUCCAAGGACUACUCCAUUGGUGCCACGGUUGUGUACCCAGUCCAGCAGCUGGGCAUGGUUUAUUAUGUGGUGACACCUGCUGGUGAUCUACCAAACACUUUCAAGGAAUUUGCAGUUAUAUCCUAUCAAACUCCCACCAGGGUUGCUAUUCAUCUGACAGGAACUGUGGCAUUCAAAGGACACAUUUAUCCUCGGGGCAGCACACUUGUUGUUAACCUCCAAGCCUUUCAAGCAAUCCAGAUCCAAAGUUCAGAUGAUUUAUCUGGCUCCUGGGUUGAAUCCAAGAAACCUGUGGCUGUCUUGACUGGACACAGUUGUGCUCAGAAAAACACAGCCUGUGACCAUGUUGUGGAACAGCUUCUUCCCAUUUCCAGCUGGGGCACCACUUUCAUUGUCCCUCCUCUGUCUUUCCAGAGCAAAUAUGACAUUGCAUAUAUUGUUGCUUCCCAAAGCACUUUGCUCAAGUACCAAUCUGGCCUCAAAGAAGAUUCCCAUAACAUGGUGGCUGGGCAAGUUAUCCAACUUAAAAUACAGUAUCCUGAACCACUUUAUCUCUCUGCCAACUCUGGAAUCCAGGUUCUUUUUUUCUUCACAGGUGCAACAAAUGGAAAUAGAUCUUAUGAGCAACUAAUACCUCUGUUAGCUGAUGCCCCAAAGGAAAGUAGACUCUAUGAUCCAUUCCUUGUCAAUAUACCAGACUUAACCGAUUAUUGUAGACUGUUCCACAUUGACGGAAUGAGUCAGACUGAUAACUAUGCUGUCAUCAUAGCUAAUUCUUCAGAAACCAGCCAGUUCAAAUUGGCAAAGAAAGCCAUUGAAAAUAUCCAUUGGAGGCCAAUUCCUGGCACAGAAUAUUCUUGGGCUGAAUACCUCAUAGGUACUGAAAUGAAUACUUUGUCUGCAGAGCACUCCACCACUCCUUUUGGGCUCCUCAUCCUUGGAGGCUUGUACCGCAAUGGCUAUGGCUCUGUGGCUCUUUGUUCUUGCAAAUCUGUGCCAGGUUCUUCUGCCAAGAAGCCAAAAGGGUCAACAUCAACCUUUUCUCCCUUGAAGCCAAAAGAACUGCUGCUGUAUCCUUAUGGGACAGAACACGGUGACACAAGAAACCCCAAGUCGGAUGAUGCAACAUCUCCAGAGAUCUCCACAGCAGUGCCUUUCCCCUUCUACAGCAAGAAGCACCAUUCUCUCUAUGUGGAUAACAAUGGUGUGAUCUCCUUUGGCAUGACGGUUCCAGAGUUUGUACAAACACCUGACCCUUUACCCCUGGAUGAGGGGCCACCCCUUGUUGCUCCGUUUUGGGGAGAUGUCUACAAUCCAAUCAGUGGGGAUGUCUUCUGGAGGCAGACCCAGGACCCAAAAAUCCUUCAACGCUGCAGUGCAGAAAUCAGCCAUUACUACCCUGAGAUCUCUUUCACACCCACCUGGGCUUUCCUUGCUACUUGGGACCGAGUUGCCUAUUUUGGAUCUAAAUCAAAAAAAGUCAAUACCUUCCAGGUUGCCCUGACCACAAAUGGGGACUUAUCCUUCAUCAUACUGAACUAUGCAGACAUUCAGUGGACCACAGGGACAUGGAGCAAUGGGGAUGCUAAGACGGGCCUUGGAGGAAUCCCAGCACAGGCUGGAUUUGACAAUGGAGACAAAAUAAAUUACUACAUCAUGCCUGGUUCCCGGACCGCUGAUAUUCUCAAUAUUACGAAAACAAGCAAUGUGAAUUACCCGGGUCGCUGGGUAUUCAAAGUGGAUGAAUAUGUGACUGACAGCACCAUGGACUGUUUCUUGUGAGAACAGAGAGGAGUAGAUCAGAUCCAACUAUUAGUUCUUUGCUAAAACAGCUUAGGGCCUUCCAGGGUUUGUUGGACUGCACCUCCCAUCAGACCUAGCCAGUUGGAAACUAAUCCAAACUGAAAUUGGGAUGUCACUUCUUCCAUGUUCCUGCAUGCCUUUCAUGAAAUAAAUGUGUAUUUUUGUUUUUA